UCUCCAAACCAACCCAGCCAUCCAACACAAGACAAGCUAAUUAAGCUGCCUCUCAUCACCUUCUCCUUGGGUUAGAUUGAUAGCUAGACUAGACACACGCACGCACGCCAGAUUGACUACUGGUCUCAUAGAUAGAUAGAUAGACUAUUAAUAGCGAUGGAGAAGGUGAUGAUGAGCAGGAAGCCGGGUGACUGGAGUUGCAGGUCGUGCCAGUACCUCAACUUCUGCAAACGGGACGCUUGCCAGCGGUGCGGCGAGGCUAAGCUGGGCGCUGAGCGGCCGGACUACGCGGCCAUGGGCGGCAGCUGGGAAGUCAAGCCCGGCGAUUGGUACUGCGGCUGCUGCGGCGUCAAUAACUACGCCAAUCGCGCCAGCUGCUUCAAGUGCAGCGCCGCAAGGACAGACUCCGCCGCCGUGGCGCACAACUGGGGGUUCAACGCCGCUGGCCAGGCCGGCUGGAAGGCCGGCGACUGGAUCUGCCCCAGACUGGAUUGUAACGUGCAAAACUACGCCAACAGAACCGAGUGCUUCCGCUGCAAUGCGCCCAAAUCAUACUAUGGUUAAAAAGACAGGCCUGAAAA